AUGAUCAGCUCCGAGGGCCUGCGGCCGGCCACCGGCGGCAGGAAGCCGCUGGGGAAGCUCGCCUCCCGGUUGGAGGAGGUGAAGAACCCGUGGAGGGAGGGCUCCAAGCUGGAGCUCAGCCACAACGAGGCGGCCCGGCUGGCCACGGACGCGCUGCUGGAGCACGGAGAGAAGGAGUACCGGAGAGUCCUGGCCGAGGAGCGGGAGCUCAACUUCCUCUCCCCGCUGGAGAUCCGAUACAUCAGCAAGCAUGCGGCCAGCAAGACCCCCGACACCGACAGCUGCACCGACCGGGACGACGGGGACACGGACGCCGUAUCGGAGCUCACCUCCGGGACUUACUUCCCCAUGAUGUCCGACUAUGAGCCGCCUUUGCUGGAGCUCGGCUGGCCGGAGACCCCGGCCAGGUUCGGUCCCUCAGACACCCAGAUCUACUUCCAGAGGGACAAGAGCCAGAACAUCAAAGACCUGAUCAGAUCCAUGAUCAAUAAGGCUAAAAAGGUCAUCGCCGUGGUGAUGGACAUCUUCACAGACGUGGACCUGAUGUGCGACCUGAUGGAGGCGUCCAACAAGCGGCGAGUCCCCGUCUACAUCCUGCUGGACGAGAAGAAUCUGAGCUACUUCACAGACAUGUGUGUGGCGCUGGACAUCCAGAACUCGCAUCUGAUGAAUAUGAGAAUCCGCAGCGUUUGCGGCGACACGUACUGCACCAGAGGUGGGAAGAAGUUCACCGGUCAGGUCCUGGAGAAGUUCAUGAUCAUCGACUGUGAGGAGGUCAUUGCUGGCUCAUACAGUUUCACCUGGCUGUCGGCUCAGGUGCACAGCAACAUGGUGAUGCACUUCUCCGGCGUCAUCACCGACAGCUUCGACAAGGAGUUCCGCUGUCUGUACGCCGACUCGCAGAUCAUCGACAGAUUCAACCCAGAAGAAGACGACAUGCCUUAUUUUCCACCAUAUCAGUCCUUUUUGCCACAUGGGAUAACCAUGGGGAUCGGCGGGCCAAUGGGGCUGGAUCUACACUCUGACAGGCAACGGGACCGGAGCUGUUCUGAUCACUCCAGCAGCCAGUCCAGUAACAGCGUGUCCAGUAUUAAGGUUGCUCCUGGAAUGACCUCCAACAACGUCUACAAGGUCUCUCCGGGUCACGAGAAGAAGGAUUCAGCGCUCCAAAGCCCCGAGAGAAGAGUUGGAGGUCCGCUGAGAGUAGGAGGACCAACCUCUGCAGUGCGAGGUUCUCCUAAUGGAGGAACCAGUCACAACCUGAUUACUGACCGCCAGAUACCAAGCUAUGGUCAAUCGGCGGGCAUCGAGUGGAACAAACCCGGUUCUGGGGAACCCUUGCGAGGAAAUAUUGGAGGAACAACCUCUAAGUUUCAGGGACUGGGUUUGUAUGAAAAAUCCUCCAUGUUUCAUAGCACCCCGAAGCACCAGCCCCCCUCCCAGGUCAGCGACGCCAAACUCCCCCAGAUGCAGAGGUCGCCUCAAGGCCAGUUCCUCACCAAAUUAUCCGACAAAAUCAUGCCGUACUCCAAAGACACCUACAACUUCCGCAGGCCUCCAUCCCCUCUGAACACUCCACCCUGGGGAGUACCAGAACUCUCUCAGCCGGAACCGGAAAGCCAGCAGGGCCCGCCGCCGCCAACGUCUCCACCGGGCUUCAUGAGUCGCCAGGACCAGAAGCGGAUGACGUUAGGCCACAGCAAGCUGGACCUGGUGAAUCACUACAACAAGAUGAAAGUAAAGCAGGUUUACAGCCGCUUUGAGCUCAAGAGCAAAAACUGAAGCUUCCCAACGGAGCGUCUCUUUGUGUCCUCGUUCACAACCCAGAGA